AUGUUAAUGUGGGGAGCACAUGUAAAAGAGUAUGUUGCUCGUUGUGCAUUGAGCAAAUGCGGUUAUAUCGUCUUCAUCGAAAAGAUGCACAAUUUGCCCAGAUUACCCAUCAAGUACUACCCAAGACGCAGCUCUGACGAGGCCAGGCCGCAUGAAAUCGUAUUUCUCGAUGGAAAUGAUAUCAGAUUAGUAGAUGUCCAAAGGAGCCAGCCUCGACAAUGCGAAGCUCGCCAAGUCUUCGACAAACUUUUACAACUGGAUUCCUUCUCCCAGCCCAGUCUCACAGAAGCUGAAUUCCGUCAUUUUCUCACGCGGUGCAACAGUUGUGAACUUGUCAUGAUGAGGCGAAUGUUUGAACAUCAUGAAUGUGUAGGAAACACAGAGAGAGGAAACAGGGAGGUUAUUGAUCUCACUACAGAAGAUAUUGAUUAG